AUCCCAUAAACCUCCAAAAAUCGAUGCCCACCUCCACCGCCAUCUCCCCUCCCCUGCUUCUCUGUUCAUCAUAUUCUCAUUCUCGUCCAAUUAUUCAUCAUCGAUUAUGAUUUCGACCUUCGAUUCCUGCAGCGCCCUCCCCGGGAAGCUCCCCUCCGGACCUUCAUCCCUCCUUACCAAUCCCUUUCACCUCCGAGAAUUUCGUAUAUUUCGCCGCCGGAGACUCAAGCAUUGCCGUCAUGCCCACCGUCGCACCGCCUUCACUGUCCGAAGCCAGUCGAACCCCUUCGAGAGCCUUUUCCAUAGCUUGGUUUCCCAAGUUACCUCCGUCAAUUCCUUGGAGCUAAUUGCUCCAGCGCUCGGAUUCUCUUCUGGCGUUGCACUUUACUUGUCUAAUGUCGUCUCUCCCAAAAAUUCCGCAGUGUCGAAUAUUGGCGAAUGGAUUUUGUUGUCCAGCCCCACGCCGUUUAAUAGAUUUGUAUUUCUUCGCUGUCCGUCCAUUGAUUUCUCUGGAAGUGACACAAACCUUGUGGAGGAUGUGAGUGAUAAACUGAUGAAGGAGGAUAGGCACUUCGUGAGGCUCCACAGCGGGAGAAUUAAGGCCACUACUGGCGAUGAUGCUUUAGAAGACAAAUUGACGUACCAAAGAUUGUGUAUAAGCACCGAAGAUGGUGGGGUAAUUUCAUUGGAUUGGCCGUCUAAUUUGAACUUGAGGGAAGAGCACGGUUUGGACACCACCUUAUUGUUAGUUCCCGGAACGCCAGAAGGGAGCAUGAAUAGGAAUGUGCGGUUGUGUGUGAUUGAGGCUCUUGCGCGAGGGCUCUUUCCAAUAGUCAUGAAUCCUAGGGGCUGUGCUGGUUCACCUCUAACCACUGCACGGCUGUUUUCAGCUGCUGACAGCGAUGAUAUCUACACAGCUGUACAGUUCAUUAGUAAGGCGAGGCCCUGGACAGCAUUGAUAGCCAUUGGCUGGGGAUAUGGUGCAAACAUGUUGACCAAGUACCUGGCAGAAGUCGGUGAGAGAACACCACUUACUGCUGCAACAUGCAUUGACAAUCCCUUUGACUUGGAGGAGGCCGCCCAGACCCCUCCAUAUCACAUGGCCAUUGAUCAUGAUCUCACUGGUGGGCUGAUUAAUAUUCUGAAAUCUAAUAAGGAACUUUUUCAAGGGAAAGCUAAAGGCUUUGAUGUGGAAAAGGCUCUUGAAGCUAAAUCUGUGCGCGAGUUUGAAAAAUUAAUAUCAUGUGUUUCUCUUGGUUUUAAUUCUAUUGAAGAUUUCUACUCAAAGUCGAGCACAAGAAGUGUGGUUGGGAAUGUGAAAAUUCCUGUACUUUAUAUCCAGAAUGACAAUGGAUCAGCUCCAGUAUUCUCAAUUCCACGCAGUUUGAUAGCAGAAAAUCCAUUUACAAGUCUUCUUUUGUGUUCUUAUUCGCCAUCUAGUUUUAUAUCUAGUGUGCAACCUGAUCUAUCUUGGUGCCAACAGUUAUCGAUUGAGUGGCUUACAGCAGUAGAGCUUGGGCUCUUGAAAGGUCGUCACCCUCUUCUCAAGGAUGUAGACAUUACCAUCAACUCUUCCAGAGGCUUAGCUCUCGUGGAUGGCAGAACAGUGGAAGAAAGAGGAAAAGUCAUCAGGCAACUAGAUUACAACUGGUCAGAUGCUUCGAGUGAAUACCAACCAACAAGCUUUAUCAAGAAGAAACUUGAAGAGAGUCACAGUAGUAACCGUACUCACCUUAGAUCUCAAAAUGACUCGCAGAGAAAAUCACAACUUGAGAAUAAAGGGUCUCUAGAAAUUGUAGUUGGGGUUUUGGACCAAACCAGCUCUAUUAGUGAUGAUAUGGGGAAAAAGGACGAAGUCAGUUCAGAAGAUAUUGAAAAAGGUCAAGUGGUACGGACAGCUGAAGUGGCAUUGAAUAUUCUUGAUAUGACUUACCCUGACACUCUGACUGAGGAAGAAAAGAAAAAGGUCUUGAAUGCUGUGGAUAAAGGAGAGACACUGAUGAAAGCUCUGCAAGAUGCUGUACCGGAAGAAGUCCGUGGAAAGCUUACAACUGCUCUAUCUGGGAUAUUGCAUGCUCAAGGAUCAAACUUAAAGGUUAGGGAUUUAACUGGCACUUCUCAUAAAUCCAAUGCCACAUUAGAAUUGAAGAAAAAGACUGAGGAGAAGGUCAGACAUGUGGCAGAUGCUGAAGGUUCCUCACAAGUUUCUUCACCUUUGCACGAGAUGGGAGUUGUUAAAGAUGUUUCAGAUGGUUCUGAUAGCCAUCAACCUACAAAGGACAAGUUUAUUGGGGAACUGGAAUCUGAGCCUCCUUCCUCGGAGCAAAAUUCUAUUGAUCAAAAUGGUUCUCAGCCACUUAGCAUUCAUGGUGAUGAUACUAUCAGUUCUAUAAGGAGGGAGACCAGUGGCUCUGGUAGUACUGUUUCAGAUGAUGAAUUUUCUAGGGAAAAUGCUUCCCAGUAUUUUGAUAAUGGUGGGAAAGAACUAGACAUAAGUGAGAAGCCAGAAUUUUCAAGCAAGGUUGAACAGUUAGGUUCACACGAAGUAGCCAUUGGUGAUAAUUACAAAGACCAGGGAGGUGGAAUUGCUCAAUCAGAUGAGGAGGAAGAGAGUAAACGCAAGAAAAAUGAAGAGAAAACUAUAGAUCCUUCAAUUGAUGAUAAGGCGGUGUCAUCUCUUACAAUAGAGGAAGCACUUUCAUCAGCAGGGUCUACUUCAGAGACACAUCGAGUAGAACAUGAAUACAAUAAUGAUCAGAUGGAUACAAAUAGUGUGCAACCUGUUGUAGAACAUACCAAGCCUUUCGUUUCUGAAUCUAAUGUCAACAACUUCAGCGUUUCUCAGGCUUUGGAUGCCUUGGCAGGGAUUGAUGAUUCCACCCAGUUAGCAGUCAAUAAUGUAUUUAAUGUAAUUGAAAAUAUGAUCUCGCAGUUGGAGGGUUCAGAAAAUGAAAGUGAGGACAAGAAGACUGAUUCCUUAGUUAACAAUAAUUGCUCAGGUAACGAUAAUGAAAAGUCAUCAGGGAAGAAAGAAUGUGGUAACAUGGAUUCGUCUGUAAAACCUGAAAGGCUAAGUGGUCCUCGUAUAAUUAAUAUCCUGGAGAGGAGAGGAGAAUCAAAGCAUAAUGUUUCAAGUGAACGGGAAGAGGAGGAAUUCACUUCAGACCUGGUCUCAAUUAAUAGGAGCUAUUUGAUUAGACCUCAGUCAGCCCAAGUUGGCCAGGAUGAAAAUGAAAAGGACGAACUACUUGAUUUGGAUGGCAAUGUGGACAUGACUUCAAAUGCGUAUUUAGAUUCUGUUCACAGUAAUUUUUUCUUGAAAUACAUUGCCUCAAAUAUGCCUACUAAAUCACUUGAUAAGGAUACGACUGCAACAUUGUUGCUUGAUUAUAUUCCUGAAAAAGAUCAGUGGAAGUUUAUUGAACACCCGGGAAAUGAAAAUGGUGCUAUUUCAACAUCUGAAGAACUUGAAGGAAAAGUGAAUGCCUAUGCACAUGCAAAAGGGAAGAAUACUGAUGAUGUUAUUGAGCCACUUUAUAUGAUCUUGGACAGUGACAAUCAGCCAGAGUCAGUUGGGGAAUAUCAAAACACGGUCAAUGGAAACGAAGAAAUCAAAUGUAGUGAUGGACAGAAGGAUUUGGAAUACUUUGUUAGAUCUAUUAUACAGGACAGUUUGAAGGUGGAAGUUGGUCGUAGGUUGAGUGCAGCUAACAAGGACUUAAAAUUGGGCGUUGACAGAGACAUUGAACAUGUUGCAAAUCUGUUGUCAGUGGCUGUUGGAUAUGGCAGUGGAUGCAGACAGUGCUUAGGAAGUAAAAGUGACAGCAUUAAUUCCAUUGCAGAUAAAAUGGGUACUCUUUGUGGCGAGCAGAUUAUUAGAUCAAUUUCAUCUUCUGUUCAGGAAACUGUUUAUUUGAAAAAAAUUCUUCCUUUAGGUGUUAUAAUUGGCUCUAGCUUGGCAGCUCUAAGAAAAUCUUUUCAUGUGACUACGCUGCAUGAUGAUAACCAGGGAGAAUGCUUGGGCGUUGAUCAAGCUAAGAAAUCUGGUGACAGAAAUCAAAAUGUUAUACUGACCGAUACAGUGGGUGGGGAAGAAGGAUGUGCUGAAAUGAGAAGUUUAAAUAAAGAUACUGUUGUGGUUGGAGCUGUCACAGCUGCUCUUGGAGCAUCUGCUUUACUGGUACAUCAGCAGAAUUUAUGUGGAACUGAUGACACUACUGAAAGUUCAUUCAAGUCCAAGGAGAAAGCUAGUCUUCAGAAAGAGCCAGAAAGGCAUGACGAGCAGAUAAUACCUGAAAAGAAUCAUAACAUCGUCACUGCUCUUGCUGAGAAGGCAAUGUCAGUUGCUAGUCCAGUGGUGCCCAAGAAGGAAGAUGGUGAAGUAGAUGAAGAAAGGCUAGUCAAUAUGCUAGCUGAAUUAGGAGAGAAGGGCGGCAUAUUGAAGCUAGUAGGAAGAAUAGCUUUACUCUGGGGUGGUAUACGUACUGCAAUGAGUGUGACUGAAAAACUUAUCUCGAUUCUUCGAAUAGCUGAACGCCCUUUGUUUCAGAGGAUUCUUGGGUCUGUGGGUUUGGUGCUUAUUUUAUGGUCACCAAUUACUCUUCCACUGCUUCCCAAACUUGUUGAUAGCUGGACUUCUCAUACUCCCUCAAAAAUUGCUAAUCUUGCUUGUGGUUUUGGUCUUUAUAUCGCUCUCACGAUUCUUGUUAUGAUGUGGGGCAAAAGAAUACGUGGGUAUGAAGAUCCAGCAAAAGAAUAUGGGCUGGAUUUGGCAUCUUGGUUUAAGAGUUAUGAUUUUCUUAUGGCCUUCUUUGGAGGAGUUGCGGGUCUCUUGGGAAUUCAAUGUGUAAAUGGAUUUCUUGGUUACACAACUCUUUCAUUGCCAGCUAUUCCAACUUUGGUGAACUGGGUUUCAUGGUUAAAGGUGCUAGGGGGAAGUCUGUUGCUGGUUAGUGUUGGAGUUAUAUCAUCAAUAUUUGUUACAGCAGUGGAAGAAUUUCUCUUUAGGUCAUGGUUAACUGAAGAAAUUGCUUUGGAUCUCGGAUACUACCCAGGGAUUAUCAUUUCAGGACUAGCUUUCGCAAUAUUACAGAGGUCCCUGCAAGCGAUACCGGUUUUAUGGGUGUUAUCUUUGGGUUUGGCGGGAGCCCGCCAAAGGAGGGACGGCUGCCUGUCAAUUCCUAUUGGCUUACGUGCUGGUAUUACAGCAUCUAGUUUUAUUUUUCUGAAGGGAGGAUUCAUAAGCUAUAAGCCCUCCAUCCCCAUGCAUCAUUCUCUUUGGAUUAUGGGCAUCGACACACAUCAACCAUUGAGUGGGGUGGCUGGUUUUGCAUUUGCUUUGCUGGUGGCUUGCAUUUUCUUCCCCAGAAAUCCCAUGAAGAAGAAGAAUUUGAGAAGGACGAUUCGAGAAUAGAAGAUUGAUUGUAUCUUAACUAUUUUGUAACAUGAAAGCAUCGUUUGAUUAAGCGCCUGAUCAUUCUUUGCGAAGUUGCAUGGGGGAGCUAAAUGGCUGGGAGGUUUCAGAGGGUACUAAGGAAGAAACAUCCCUAUGAACCCUGCAAAAGUGUUGUCCAAAAUGAGGAAUGCCUUUACGUAGGUAUUGCUGCUCACAGUGGCUCAAUUCAUUUCUCGUCUGUAUAUCAAAUGCUGCAGUUUAUAUUGUUUUGUAAAGUAUUAGCUGUAUGUAUUAUUAGAGGCAGAUGUAUAUAAUCAACGAAGAAGAAAGAACAUUGUAUCAGGACAUCUGCACCAUUUAAGUGAAUAAAAAGGAAAAAGAAAAGCCUACACAGUAUUCGAUA